CCCAACCCUUCAAUGAGUUCCACCCAAAGUGCGACAAGAAGAAUCCUCCGCAACCCGAACACGGUGGUUUCCGCCUUCCACGCGAAACAGCUCCACGCGCAAAUCGUGAAAGCCAGAGCAACUUCGAAGUCUCACUCCCUCGCCUGGGUCUGCAUUAUAAAAUGUUACACCGCUUACGGCCUCCUCCGCCACUCCCUCACCACCUUCAACCUCAUGCGCGCUUCCGGCGUCUCCCCCGACCGUCACGUGUUCCCUUCGCUCCUCAAAGCGUCCACGCUUCUCAAACACUUUCCUCUAGCUCAGUCGCUCCACGCCUCCGCCAUUCGCCUCGGCUUCCACUUCGAUUUGUACACCGCCAACGCGUUGAUGAACGUCUACUCCAAAUUCCACCCUCACCUUUCCGCCAACCACGUGCUCGACCAAUUUCCCCAAACGCACCACUACCGUAAUAAUUAUAAUAACAGUAACAAUGAUAAUAAUAAUUUUACUGUGAAAAUAGACUCUGUUAGAAAGGUGUUUGACAGAAUGCCUGUUAGGGAUGUUGUUUCGUGGAACACUGUUAUUGCCGGGAAUGCACAGAAUGGUAUGUAUGAAGAGGCGUUGGACUUGGUUAGGGAAAUGGGUAGGCAAAACUUGAGGCCUGAUUCCUUUACUUUGUCUAGCGUUCUUCCUAUUUUUGCGGAGCAUGUUGAUGUUAUCAAAGGAAAGGAAAUUCAUGGCUAUGCCGUUAGACACGGGUUUGACAAGGAUGUUUUCAUUGGAAGUAGCUUGAUUGAUAUGUAUGCGAAGUGUAAUCAUGUGGAGCUCUCCGUUCGUGCCUUUUACCUCUUGUCUAAUCGAGACGCCAUUUCGUGGAAUUCCAUCAUUGCUGGCUGUGUGCAGAAUGGGAGAUUUGAUCAGGGGCUCGGGUUCUUUCGUCUAAUGCUGAAGGAGAAGGAGAAGCCAAUGCAGGUUUCAUUCUCGAGUGUUGUACCGGCCUGUGCUCACUUGACAGCCUUGAACUUGGGGAAGCAACUUCAUGGAUAUAUAAUUAGACUUGGGUUUGAUGGUAACAAGUUUAUAGCUAGCUCUUUGGUGGACAUGUAUGCCAAAUGUGGUAAUAUUAAGAUGGCUAGGUAUAUUUUUGACAGAAUACGUGAGCGUGACAUGGUUUCUUGGACCGCCAUCAUUAUGGGAUGUGCGAUGCACGGGCAUGCCCUUGAUGCAGUUUCCUUGUUUGAGAUGAUGCUACUUGAUGGAGUGAAGCCCUGUUACGUGUCAUUUAUUGGUGUUUUAACUGCCUGUAAUCAUUCUGGGUUGGUGGAUGAAGGAUGGAAGUAUUUUAACAGUAUGCAAUCGGAUUUUGGUAUUGCUCCUGGCCUGGAGCACUAUGCUGCUGUUGCGGACCUUCUUGGUAGAGCUGGAAGGUUGGAGGAAGCCUAUGACUUUAUUUCUAACAUGGCUGUGGAACCAACAGGAAGUGUGUGGUCAGCAUUGUUAGCUGCUUGUAGGGCUCAUAAGAAUAUUGAAUUGGCUGAAAAGGUUGUUGACAAAAUCCUUUUGGUUGACCCUGAGAACAUGGGGGCGUAUGUUAUGAUGUCCAACAUCUAUUCAGCCGCCCAAAGAUGGAGAGAUGCUGCGAAAUUGAGAGUCCACGUGAGGAAAAAGGGCUUGAAGAAGACUCCAGGAUGCAGCUGGAUUGAGGUUGGGAACAAAGUACACACUUUUCUGGCUGGAGACGAAUCACAUCCAUAUUAUGACAAAAUAAACGAGGCAUUGAAUAUUUUGUUAGAACAAAUGGAGAAAGAAGGUUACGUCCUUGACACAAAGGAGGUGCUACAUGAUGUUGAUGAGGAGCAUAAACGCGACCUGUUGCGCACCCACAGUGAAAGACUUGCGAUAGCAUUUGGCAUCAUUAGCACUACUGCUGGUACAACCAUCCGUGUAAUAAAGAACAUCCGGGUGUGCGUGGAUUGCCACACCGCAAUUAAAUUUAUGGCAAAGAUUGUUGGCAGGGAAAUCAUUGUAAGAGAUAAUAGCCGAUUUCACCAUUUUAGAAAUGGAUCUUGUUCGUGUGGAGACUACUGGUGAAAUAGCAACUAUGACUAGAAAGGGGAAACCAAGCAUGACAUUAUAACUGCAUAAGCAGUACUAAACUGAGAGGUGGAGUAAAAAUGCUACGAAAUCAGUGUAAAAAGGACAGACUAUAAUCAAGGCAAAAAAUUGGUUGAGAAGUUGCCAUGCCAUAGGAAAGUCAUGCCCUAAAAAAUGUAUUUGAGAUAAGGCCUGUGUGCUCUCAGCUUUUUGAAGAGAUAGCUUCGGAGUGGGGAUUGGGAUAACACAUUGUCCAAUUUCUUGGAAGCGUUUUGAAUUGAGUACAGAUUGCCUACCUUUAGCAGCAUUAUCAGAUAUCAUUGGUAGAUAAGAACCCCUCAUUUCUCUGGUGAACUUGGAGCUUGCAGAUUUAAGGGUCGGCGACUCAGAAGGUAAAUCUUGGUGUUUAGAUUCCAUGAAUAGCUUCUCACUCAUAGUUCUUGGGUCAAUACAAUCUUAUGAAAAAAAUUUCCUAGUCAUUUCUAAGAAUAAAUGGGUUACUCUAAUAAUGCACAAGGUUGUACCAUUUGAUGCCCAUGGAAGGUCAAAUAUUUCACUUCAUUCCAGCACGCAGAGAGGUUGUUUCUGUAAGAUCAAAUUCAGUUUAAAGGGAAUGUAUAGGACAUAUAAUCAGCCAAGAUUUGUUAUAGGUUGUCAAUCCGUUCUAUAGAACCACAUAAACUUUACGUGCAUAUAAGGGGGUGUUGAAUUUGGAUCCUUCCUAUUCAUGAGAAAAUCCAAUUUCUCCUUUUACUCUGUCUGAGGGCAUCCGUUAAUGCUUUUCCAAAACGCUCAUGGUUUAGCUAGUUCUUCCAUAUAUUCCGCUGUCAGCAUUUUGCUUACUCCUUCUGUAUCAAGCUGUUUGUGGAAUGGUAUCUCGAUGGAGAUGUAUUGGUCGCUCUGGGUAAUAAUCUAAAUCCCUUUUUUUUU